AAAGUGCUGGGAUUACAGGCCUGAGCCACCACACCCCACCCUGAUUUGGAUCUUGCUCCUGCUCCCAGGAUGACCCAUGUCCUGGCAAGAGAGAUAGCAGGUGGUGCUCACACCCCUCCAUCCCCAACCCCUCCACCACUAUGGGAGCCUGGGACCCAGAGGCCAUGGGUCCUGCACAAUCUGGAAUUUCAGGUCUAUAAAUCAUGGGGGUGGCAGGGAGCCCAUCAAAGCUGUUCACCCAUUCUGGUCUGCCGGCUCGGCCUCUUGUCCACCCCCCGACACCACACACACACCCUCCUUCCUUCCUGGGAGACCGGCCCAAGGAGGGGCCUGGGCAUAUAUAUGGAGCCACAGUGGGUGGGGCUGGCCAGAGAGGCUCCAGGGACAGAAGGUGAGGAGGGGGCUCUGGGAAUCUGGGUGCAGUAUGGGGGAUCUGAGGCUCAGGAGCGGCAGUGCCUGGUUCGGGCCAGUGACUGCCCCACCGGAGCCCAGGUGUCCUCUUCUGCAAAAUGCCAGAACUGUGGGCACAGCGGUACCAGCCUGGGCCCUGCAGAGAGCUGGAGCAAGCCCUCACAGCUGGGGAGGCUCGGAGCUGGGGGUCUGGCUAGUCCUUUAUACUCCUGGUCUCAUCCUGCUCCUGUGUCCCGGGCAGAAUGAUGGCGUCUGCAGCGGCAGCAGAGGCCGAGAAGGGUUCUCCAGUUGUGGUGGGCCUGCUCGUCGUGGGCAACAUCAUUAUUCUGCUGUCAGGCCUGGCCCUGUUUGCCGAGACAGUAUGGGUGACAACUGACCAGUACCGCGUGUACCCACUGAUGGGCGUCUCGGGCAAGGAUGACGUUUUCGCUGGUGCCUGGAUCGCCAUCUUCUGUGGCUUCUCCUUCUUCGUGGUCGCCAGCUUUGGUGUCGGCGCCGCGCUCUGCCGUCGCCGCUCCAUGGUCCUCACGUACCUGGUGCUCAUGCUCAUUGUCUUCAUCUUCGAGUGCGCCUCCUGCAUCACGUCCUAUACCCACCGUGACUACAUGGUGUCUAAUCCAUCCCUGAUCACCAAGCAGAUGCUGACCUUCUACAGCGCGGACACCGAACAGGGCCAGGAGCUGACCCGCCUCUGGGACCGCGUCAUGAUUGAGCAAGAAUGCUGUGGCACAUCUGGUCCCAUGGACUGGGUGAACUUCACAUCAGCUUUCCGGGCAGCCACUCCGGAGGUGGUGUUCCCCUGGCCCCCACUGUGCUGUCGCCGGACGGGAAACUUCAUCCCCCUCAAUGAGGAGGGCUGCCGCCUGGGCCACAUGGACUACCUGUUCACCAAGGGCUGCUUCGAGCACAUCGGCCAUGCCAUCGACAGCUACACGUGGGGCAUCUCAUGGUUUGGGUUUGCCAUCCUGAUGUGGACGCUCCCGGUCAUGCUGAUAGCUAUGUAUUUCUACACCACGCUCUGAGGGACAAGAUGGGAAGGCCAUAUACGCGCCCUGGCCUGCUCUGCCUCCUCCGCCUCCUCCUGCUUCCUCCACUGGGGCCUGGAUGGCUGCCUCACCUCUCCCCUCCCGACCUCCCUAGCCCCUCCCUCCUUCCACAUCCAGGAUCUUUUUCUGGGUUCCUGAGUCCUACUGUGCCUCAGGUGUGCCCUGAAACCCAAGGCUUGUGUGCAUGGACCCUUGGCCCUUGACCUCAUUCCCAUCGGCUGGUUCCUGCCCAUCUUUCAAGGGACCUCUCCCUGAUCCCAGCUCUUGUAGCUCUCUGAGCUCCUCCUUCACAGCAGGUGUCGCCAUUUUUGCUGAAUGUCAUUUGCUUUGUCAACACCGUUCUUGCUGUUUGUGAUUGUCAUUUAAGCUCUGGAAGCCUCGAUUGCUGUGAGAGCCUGUCAUGGUCACUUUACUAUCCCCAUCAUCACCCAGCAUGGGGCUGAGCACUUCUUAGAUAAUAAAUAAUGAAUGGAUGAAUGA